CUCUGGGGUAGAAAUAGAGCGACGGCCACAACUGCUUAAGAUGUUUCGGUCUUCAGAAUCGUGGAGUCAACCUGGCACUGGCCUUUGACUCAUUGAUGGUCAUCUUUCUGGCACUAUGGCUACCAAAAUGUCCUCUCUACCGGCGGAUAAUGCCGCUUUGACUCGCACUGCACAGGCCGUGGCUGCUCGGGAAGUAGAGCAGCAGAGCUGGCCGGAGAGAAAGCUGAAGCCAACGAAGGUGAGAGCUUGGUAUCCCUUCAAGGGAACCCCAUUGCUCUAUGCAACAUGUGGUUUCGGCAGUCUAGGAAUCAUGUCAGGUCUCCUCGUCAAUCCAGCUUUUGUAGCUCGCUUCUUCAAAGACUACGGCGGUGCUGACGGCUCAACAACCGGAGUCGAUCCUUCAAUCACCGGGAUAGCUGUUGCUUGUCUACAAGCGUCCGCAGCGGUGGGUGCACUCCUUGCAGGACGCUUGGGCGAUAUGAUGGGGCGCAAGCGAUGUGUUCGUCUUGGCGGGUUCAUCUACUUUUUCAGUGCGUUCAUUCAGAUCUUCGCGCCUGGGUUUGGCACCUUCAUUGCUGGUCGCACCAUUCAAGGUCUAGGUGUUGGGUUUCUUUCCAUGACAGUACCUAUCAUUCAGACUGAGAUUGCCGCCCCGCAUCGUCGUGGUUUAAUGGUGGGAAUUGAAUACACGUUUCAGAUUGCAGGAUACAUGCUUUCAUGUUGGGUAGAUUAUGGAUUUAAUUUUCUUUUGCCCAGUGAAAUGUCCUGGCAAGGUCCAUUCAUCAUCCAGAUUGCUCUCUCCUUCAUUCUUCUGGCCAUGUCGUUCUUUCUCCCCGAGACACCUCGUUGGCUGGCCAAAAACGGAUUUAUGCAAGAAAGCUUGCAGACGGUCGCUGACCUUCACGCCAAUGGCGAUACUCAAGCGGAACAUGUGCAGCAGGUGUUUGUGGAAAUCGAAGAAGCAGUUAUCUUCGAAACCAACUUAGGAAAGUCAUCUUGGAUGGAAAUGUUUACCCGAUACCGGAAGCGGACCAUCGUCGGAGUAACUGUCCAAAUGUUUGCACAACUUAACGGAAUCAACAUCAUCUCCUUUUACCUUCCCAGCACACUUGCUACCGCCGGCUUCGAUGAGCGAAAAUCCCUUCUGUACACCGCAGCCAAUGCACUACCUUACACUGCGGCCACAAUUUCGACUUGGUGGUUAGCAGACCGAUGGGGACGGAAACCAUUACUAAUCCUUGGAGGUAUCGGAAUGGCAGUCCUGCUUGGCAUCGUCUGCGCCUUCACCGAGGCAGACCUAGACGUCCAGGUCCGCGCCAAGGGUCAAUACGCCUUCGUUAUGCUAUACAACAUCCUAUACGGCUUCACCUGGGGUCCAAUGCCAUGGCUGCUACCAGCUGAAAUCUUCCCCUUGCGUGGCCGCAGUAAAGGAAUGGCUCUGGCUACUACCAGCAACUGGAUCUUCAACUUCAUCAUCGGCAUGGUAUCUCCGGAUGCGUUCGCAGGUAUCAACGGAUACUUCUACGUUGUUAUUGCUGGGUUCUGUCUCUUCUCUGCAGGUCUGGUACACUUCUACUAUGUUGAGACGGCCAAUAGCACGCUGGAGGAAGUUGCAGAGUUGUUUGGUGAUACAGCGUUUGCAGAUGCUGAUGGGGAGGCGAGGGAGGCUUCUGACGUGCGGAUAGAUUAUAGGAAGGAUGUUGUGUGAUUAUCAUCAGUCUGUGUGCUGUGCAAUAUUGCAGGCAGCACUGGCCCAUCGCAUAUCAGCGUGGCGGUACAGUCGUCAUACUCUUUUGAAGAAAUAUGUCUAUGCUUACGGAGCAGAACCAGGGUACAUAGCUCCCUUCACCAGGGCUAGUCUUUCCGACAAUAAUGAUGACGAUGAAUACGAGACCC